AUGUUUUCUAGGCAAACUUUCACAAAAUCAGGCUAUCAGAUGUUUCAAGUAAUGAGGUUUGCUGUUGAGGAGAUUAAUAACUCAACCACACUGCUGCCCAAUGUCACUCUGGGUUAUGAAGUUUUUGAUCAUUGUUCUGACACGAAGAAUUUCCCUUCAGUCUUCAGUUUUAUCUCACAGAACGGAUUGAUAAAUCCCAAAGAAAAACUUAACAACCAUCAGUCUAAAGUCAUUGCUUUAACAGGACCAUAUGGAAGCACAAGAGCUCUUGCUGUCGCACCGCUUGUCACAAUGAACUAUAUACCAUGGGUUCAAUAUGCGGCCGCAACUUCUGUGUUUAGUGAUAAACUUCGCUAUCCAACUUUACUCAGAACAAUCCCCAGCAAUAAAGACUUGGUACAGAUGCUUAUUCACAUCAUACAGUGGUUUGGAUGGAAUUGGGUUGCCUUUAUUGGAGGUGCAGACGAUUACAGUAAAGAUGGCCUAAACCUUUUUUACAAGUAUACUAAGAAUACUGGUAUUUGUGUGGCAUAUCAGGAGCUUCUUAAAAUACAGGGAAACUACAAUCAAACGCUUAAAAAUAUCAACAUGCUAAACAUUAAUGUCAUUGUGGUUUUCACUGUGCCGCUUUAUGCAGAAAGCGUAAUGAAAGCUGCCAUAGCAAAUAACAUCAGAGACAAAGUUUGGAUUUCUAGUCAUCCGUGGUCUAUGAAUCAGCAGCUUCUAAAAGAGCCGGGAAUUGAGAAGGUUGGAACAAUUAUUGGCAUUACAGAGAGAAUCACGUCAUUGCCUGGAUUUGAUCAGUUUGUUUAUAAAAUGAAAGCAACUAAUAAACAUAAUAAUGGUGAUGUUGAAGUCCCAAAUAAGAUAUGCAAUCAGGAAUGUAAGGAAGGUGCAUUUGUGUCCGCAGUGGAAAUUAUAAAUGAAAAUCCCACAUACUCCUUUAACAUCUACGCUGCCAUAUAUUCCAUAGCUCAUGCAUUACAUACAGUUCUGCAGUGCAAUCUGAAUGAAUGCCGCAAAAAUCUAGCAGUAAAGCCAUAUAUGCUUCUAGGAGAACUGAAGAAGUUAGAUUUUCCACUCAAUGGACGUCAGGUGAAAUUUGAUGUUAAUGGUAAUCCAACCAUCAGUUACGCCGUAGCGCUCUGGCACACUGAAACAAAUCAUUCAUGGAUUGAGAUGGUGGGCACUUAUGACACAUAUCCAGAAACUAUUUUAACCAUCAAUAACUCUCUCAUGCCCUGGCGUAACAACACUUCUGUUCCUUUCUCAAACUGCUCUGUUGAGUGUAUGGAGGGAUAUUCAAGGGAACAUGAGGGAUUGCAUAGUUGCUGUUUUCGGUGUAAAAAAUGCCCACAAAACACUUAUGUUGACUAUUCUCGAGACCCUUAUACCUGUUUUCCAUGUGCAGAGAGUGAAUGGUCUGAUGAGGGCAGCACAACCUGUAAGACACGUACUGUUGUCUAUCUACAGUUUACAGACAUUGCCUCCAUUCUUGUCAUAUUUUCUACUGUUUGCCUCAUUGCUCUGCUCAUUUUCAUCUUUUGUCUUUUUGCCUACAAUUACAACACACCAGUGGUGAGAUCUGCUGGUGGCAACAUGUGUUUCUUAAUGUUAGCAUGUUUAACAAUGUCGAGCAUAAGUGUGUUCUUUUUCUUUGGACAACCCACAUCUGUACAUUGUGUCUUGAGAAAUUUUAUAUUUACAUUUUUCUUCACUAUCUGUCUCUCUUGUUUGACCGUUCGUUCCUUUCAAAUCGUUUGUGUCUUCAAAAUGGCUGCAGAGUUCCCUAAAUUACACAGCUUGUGGACCCGCUUUAUCGUUCUAUAUCGAUCCCUUGGGGAUGAAGGAGGUGUAAGACGACUGGGCGAAGAGAAUUACUGGGCGAUUUCACGUGUGACUGUGUCACUAUCGAGUCAGGAAGUCCCUGGCCCCACCAAAGGGAGGAGUGUGGGCGAGCCGUGGAUCGACCGGAAACACGGGGAUAGAACAACGUUCCACCCGUCUCACGAGGUAGUCAAAGCCAGGCGGCUCCAGUCCAUAUAUUCACCGACCAAAGCUGCCCUGGCCUGGACGGGUCGUGAGAAGGAGAGAACACGCUGUGGAGUCACGCCACCCCAGCUGGCAGGCAGUGGUGAAGCCCGGCGGUACAUCGGAGUGAGUAGCAGCCAACGUGCAUUGUACGGACGGAGGGUCGUAGUGGUGUGCAGAUAUAUCCCACCGAAACCUUGGGUGUGGGCGGAGCCUCGUCGAGAGUUCGCCCCAGCUCGUUACCCCGGUUACCAUAACAGAAGGGGGAGCUAG